AUGCGAAACCCGGUGGCAGCCGAGUCGCCGCAGGCAUGGAGCGGCUCCGCGCUCCCGCCGCUCAGCCCUGCGCGGAGUCUUCCCCCUCUCGGCGGCUCAGCACGGACCGCACACUCCAUGCAACGUGCAACGGCAGGGCAGGACAAGGGGGUCCUCGUGGGCUCCUACCGGGAAAGGCGUUACUGUGGCAUUGCAAAGCGCCUAAGCCCCGCCGCUCGCUCGCUCGUUUCCUCCUUCCCCCCCGCUCGCCUGCUGCCCGCUCCCGCCUGCUCCGCCGCCGCCCGCAGCUGCCGCCGCUGCGGACUCCAGGCGCAGACCCCCGCCGGGGGGGGCAGGAAGCGCGUCAUCACUCCGGGACUGCUCCACCGCCCUUCGCCGGCCCGGCCCGCUCCAUUCCGCCGCCCGGCUUCCUUGGCGUGGGAAGCCCGGGACGCCCACCCAGCCCGAACGACCCGCGGCUCCCGCCCGUCCAGCCCUCCGCUGCGCCCGGAGACCGGCGGGAGAGGAACCGCCUCAGCUGUCUCGCCGGGCAGAGGGCUUAGGGCCCCCCUGACCUGGGCCUGA